AUGCGGACCGGGAGCAGGCUGCUGCAGACUUGUAGCAGUCUUAAGAUGAUGGCCAUGGUCCGGACCUCCCUCCAGAAAGUGGUGGUCUUCUUACACAGGCUCCAGAGGAUGGCCAUCUCCUCGCCGCGAUACCAGAAACUCUGCAAGUGCCUGUACAGAAAUAAAAACAUGAAAGGGAAUGAUGAGAUGGGACAAAAAACAGUACUGGAACGACAUCAAAAGACGAUAAUGCCUGGAACAAAACGUUCCGACUCCGCUGCUGCUGUAAAGUCAAUCCUCUGCUUCAUUGCAAUCGUCCCCAUGUUUCGGCAGCAGAAGCACGCCGGCUUGACAGAAAAAUUGCUGAAUGCCAUUAGUGACAGCAGAGUGGCCAAGCUGGAGAGGGUGAAGGUUUACGUCCCUCAGUCUGCAGCAGGGGGGGCAGCAGGGGUGUGGGGUCCGACCAGCACUCCAACCAGCAGGGCCGCCGCAGUUCAGAAGCGCUCACCCUCCACUGAACGAUCUCUGCUGGCAUCCGUGAUCCUCCCCACUCAGCCCAGCUGCCCGUCAGAGGAGGAUGCCACGGUCAUGCCGUGGGAUCAGGCGAGCGCACACACCGGCAUGCAUGGAUGGGUGCUGCCGAGGGUUAUUCUGCGAGCAUAUGACAUCCAGGCUGAGAUCGAUGCCCACAAUGACAUCUACAAAAGUGUGGACGGGAACAAGUCAAAGAUGGUCAAAGCACUGGGCAGUUCAGAGGAAGCGGUGUUCCUCCAGCACAGACUGGAUGACAUGAACCAACGCUGGAGUGACCUGAAGGCCAAAUCAGCCAACAUCCGAGCCCAUCUGGAGGCGAGUGCUGAGCGCUGGUCACGUCUUCUGGGCCUCCUAGAGGAGCUGUGGAGGUGGAUCUGCAUGAAAGAUGAGGAGCUGGCCAAGCAGAUGCCCAUUGGAGGAGACGUGCCCACCUUGCUGCAACAGCAGAAUCACUGCACGGUACUCUGCGCUGAGCUGAAGGAACGUGAGCACUUGGUAAUCAGCACUUUAGAUCAGGCUAGGAUGUUUCUCGCUGACCAACCCAUUGAGGGUCCAGGAGAGCCUCGGAGGAACCUGCAGCCAAAGACCGACCUCACUCCAGAGGAGAAGGCCCGAGGGUUGGCCCGGGCCAUCCGCAAGCAGACUGGUGAGGUCAGGGAGCGGUGGGAGCGCCUAACGGGGCACGUGGGUGGCUGGCAGACUCAGGUGGAGCGAGCUUUGGAGCGACUUCAGGAUCUGCAGAGCUCCAUGGACCAGCUGGACCUCCGGCUGACACAAGCAGAGGAGACAAAAGCUACCUGGCAACCUGUGGGCGAUCUGCUCAUCGACUCUCUCCAGGACCACAUCGAAAAGACAGUGGCCUUCAGAGAGGGGGUCGCCCCGUUGCGACAGGAUGUUCGGAUUGUCAACGAGCUUUCUGCAGAGCUCACACCUCUGGACAUCCAGCUGUCGUCCACUGCCUCCAGACAACUAGACCAACUUAACAUGAGGUGGAAAAUCCUUCAGGUGGCAGUGGAGGACAGACUGAAACUUCUUCAAGAGGCGCACAGAGACUUCGGCCCCUCCUCCCAACAUUUCCUCUCAACGUCUGUGCAGCUCCCCUGGCAGCGGGCAGUAUCUCAGAAUAAGGUGCCCUAUUACAUCAAUCACCAGACACAGUCCACCUGCUGGGAUCAUCCAAAGAUGACAGAGCUCUACCAAUCACUAGCGGACUUGAACAAUGUGAGAUUCUCGGCAUACCGAACGGCCAUGAAGAUCCGCCGACUACAGAAGGCAUUGUGCUUGGACCUACUGGAUCUCAGUGUUGCCCAGAACACCUUUGAGCAACACAAACUCACCAACAACAAUCAGCUGCUUUCCGUCCCUGACAUCAUCAACUGCCUGACGACCAUUUACGACGGCCUGGAGCAGGAGCACAAAGACCUGGUUAACGUGCCCCUCUGCGUGGACAUGUGUCUCAACUGGCUGCUCAAUGUUUAUGACACCGGCCGCACUGGGAAGAUCCGCGUGCUGUCCAUGAAGAUUGGCUUGCUCUCCCUGUCUAAGGGACACUUGGAGGAGAAAUACAAAUAUCUCUUCAGCCAGGUAGCAUCAGCAGGCGACACCUGUGACCAGAGGCAGCUCGGCGUCCUGCUCCACGAAGCCAUCCAGAUCCCGAGGCAGCUGGGGGAGGUGGCUGCAUUCGGAGGCUCCAACAUUGAGCCCAGUGUUCGCAGCUGCUUCCAACACGUAAACAAUAAGGUGGAGCUGGAGCCUCGGCAGUUUGUCGACUGGAUGCGCCUGGAGCCCCAGUCCAUGGUUUGGCUUCCUGUCCUGCACAGAGUGGCAGCCGCAGAGACGGCAAAACAUCAGGCCAAGUGUAACAUCUGCAAGGAGUGUCCGAUUGUGGGUUUCAGAUAUCGCAGUCUGAAGCAUUUCAACUACGACGUUUGUCAGAGCUGCUUCUUCUCUGGGCGCACCGCCAAGGGCCACAAACUCAACUACCCCAUGGUGGAGUACUGCACCCCGACGACGUCAGGCGAGGACAUGCGGGAUUUCACCAAAGUCCUGAAGAACAAAUUCCGGUCUAAAAAGUAUUUUGCCAAGCAUCCACGGCUGGGCUACCUACCGGUCCAGACGGUCUUAGAGGGAGACAACUUGGAAACGCUGUCCCAGUCACCCCAGCUCUCUCAUGAUGACACCCACUCCAGGAUAGAACAGUAUGCCAGCAGGUUGGCUCAGAUGGAACGCUCCAACGGUUCCCUGCCCACUGACAGCAGCUCGGCUACAGGAAGCAUGGAUGAUGAGCAUGCCCUGAUCCUCCAGUACUGCCAGACGCUAGGAGGGGAAGGCUCCCCGUGCAGCCAGCCGCAGAGUCCUGCUCAGAUCCUGCAGGCUGUGGAGAGGGAGGAGCGAGGCGAGUUGGAGCAGAUCAUUGCUCGACUGGAGGAGGAGCAGAGGACUCUGCAGAGGGAGUAUGAGCAGCUGAAGGAGCAGCACGGCCAGCGCGGGCCCACUGCCGGAGGCCCCCAGGAAUCAGAGGUCCCCGCCGGCAGCCCCGAUGAGGCCGACCUUCUUGCUGAAGCCAAGCGGUUGCGACAACAUAAAGGCCGGCUGGAGGCCCGCAUGCACAUCCUGGAGGAACACAACAAACAGUUGGAGUCACAGCUUCACCGCCUUCGGCAGCUUCUGCACCAGGUGACAGAAGGCUUACCAUUUAUCAGACUGCUGGAUAUAUAUAUACUGUCACCAUUGGAAAAAACCUCCAUGUCAGCGUUUGUGUUUGUGUGUUCAGAUGAGCUGCUGGACCCCCACAACAGCAGCUCUGACCUGGCAGAUGUAAUGGAGCAAAUUAACAACUCCUUCCCUGCAUGCAGUCGUAAGUCCUCAACCCCCCCCAGCCCCUGCAGGCUUCCCCACAUGGAGAGUUGUCAUGCACUUUAUGUAACAAAUAUCAUCAUCAGUCAUUAUGAUUUAAAAUGUCACAUGGAGUACAUCCUUUGUCCAGUCGUUUCCUCUCCUCCCCCAUCACCCAUUCAUUCUGUCACUGGCACGUUUGUACUGGCUUCCUGUGUUCAGAUGUCUGGUAGAGCUUCGAGCCACUCCUCCAGACAGCAGGUAAGCCUGGGCUCCUCUGCAGUCAGACAUCACAACUUUGAGUUGGUACAUUUCGGGACUGAGGUGUUAUGA